GAACCAUUCAAGAAAGAGAGGGUCACUGAUGAGAUUUUAAAGUGAACCUCACUGUGGAACCGACCCAUGUUACCUGGACCCUUGGAUUUCUCAGAUACAGUUUCCAGUAUGGCUUCUGCACCAACUUCUAAGUAUAAUUCACACUCCUUGGAGAAUGAGUCUAUUAAGAGGACUUCUAGGGAUGGAGUUAAUUGGGAUCUCAGUGAGGCCGUUCCUCGACUUCCAGGAGAGACUCGCGUUGCUGACAAAGAAGUUAUUUACAUAUGUCCUUUCAAUGGCCCCAUUAAGGGAAGAGUUUACAUCACAAAUUAUCGUCUUUAUUUAAGAAGUUUGGAAACGGAUUCUGCUCUCAUACUUGAUGUUCCUCUGGGUGUGAUCUCGAGAAUUGAAAAAAUGGGAGGCGCGACAAGUAGAGGAGAAAAUUCCUAUGGUCUAGAUAUUACUUGUAAAGACAUGAGAAACCUAAGGUUCGCACUGAAGCAGGAAGGCCACAGCAGAAGAGAUAUGUUUGAGAUCCUCACGAGACACGCCUUUCCCCUGGCCCACAGUCUGCCAAUAUUUGCAUUUUUAAACGAAGAAAAGUUUAAUGUGGAUGGAUGGAUGGUUUAUAAUCCAGUUGAAGAAUACAGAAGGCAGGGCUUACCCAAUCAUCAUUGGAGAAUAACUUUUAUUAAUAAGUGCUAUGAACUCUGUGACACUUACCCUUCUCUCUUGGUGGUUCCAUAUCGUGCCUCAGAUGAGGAUCUCAGGAGAGUUGCAACGUUUAGAUCCCGAAAUCGAAUUCCAGUGCUGUCGUGGAUUCAUCCAGAAAACAAGACUGUCAUUGUACGUUGCAGUCAGCCUCUUGUCGGUAUGAGUGGUAAACGAAAUAAAGAUGAUGAGAAAUACCUUGACGUUAUCAGGGAGACUAACAGACAAAUUUCUAAACUCACAAUUUAUGAUGCAAGACCCAAUGUAAAUGCAGUGGCCAACAAGGCAACAGGAGGAGGAUAUGAAAGUGAUGAUGCAUAUCACAACGCAGAACUUUUCUUCUUAGACAUUCAUAACAUUCAUGUUAUGCGAGAAUCUUUAAAAAAAGUCAAAGACAUUGUUUAUCCUAAUGUGGAAGAAUCUCAUUGGUUGUCCAGUUUGGAGUCUACUCAUUGGUUAGAACAUAUCAAGCUUGUUUUGACGGGAGCCAUUCAAGUAGCAGAUAAAGUCUCUUCAGGAAAGAGCUCAGUACUCGUGCACUGCAGUGACGGAUGGGACAGGACCGCCCAGCUGACGUCCCUGGCCAUGCUCAUGCUGGACAGCUUCUAUCGGAGCAUCGAAGGUUUUGAAAUAUUGGUACAAAAAGAAUGGAUAAGUUUUGGACAUAAAUUUGCAUCUAGGAUAGGUCAUGGUGAUAAGAACCACGCCGACGCUGACCGAUCUCCUAUUUUUCUCCAGUUUAUUGAUUGUGUAUGGCAAAUGUCGAAACAGUUCCCGACAGCCUUUGAAUUCAAUGAACAAUUUCUCAUUACGAUUUUGGAUCAUCUGUACAGCUGCCGCUUUGGUACUUUCUUGUACAACUGUGAAUCGGCUCGAGAAAGACAGAAAGUUACAGAAAGAACAGUUUCUUUAUGGUCACUGAUAAACAGUAAUAAAGACAAAUUCAAAAAUCCCUUCUAUACUAAAGAGAUCAAUCGAGUGUUGUAUCCAGUUGCCAGCAUGCGUCACUUGGAACUGUGGGUGAAUUACUACAUUCGGUGGAACCCCAGAAUCAAGCAACAACAGCCAAACCCAGUGGAGCAGCGCUACCUGGAGCUCCUGGCCCUGCGCGAUGAAUACAUAAAGCGGCUCGAGGAAUUGCAGCUCGCCAACUCUGCCAAGCUUUCCGAUCCCUCGACUUCACCUUCCAGUCCUUCACAAAUGAUGCCCCACGUGCAAACGCACUUCUGAGAGGGGACCCUGGCGCGGCGUUAGAGCUCUGAAGAGAGGAAAUAGCUGACUUUCAUUUGGGGCCUCUGUACAAAGUAGAUUAAAAUAUUUGCCUCCAUGUAGAACUUGAACUAACAUAAUCUUAAACUCUUGAAUAUGUGCCUUCUAGAAUACAUAUUACAAGAAAACUACAGUGUCUACACGGCAAUCAGAAGAAAGGAGCCAAGAUGGGGUUUUGGAAAAUCCUGACACCUUUCCAAAGCAGUUUUCAAAAGAUAAAAUUUAAAUUUAAUUUACCUCUUUAGAAAUGCUCUGUAUAUGAUAUGUAUUUUGUAGGCUUAAUUGGAACAACGUUAUUUUAAACUAAAGGGGAAAAAUAUAUGUUUGUGAAAUGGAUUUUCCUCAAGCUGCUUAUGCUAGUUGCUUUGGAUUAUCUAAAAUGAACCCAAAUGUGAAAGACGUGUGUUACUGCCAAAACCAAAUUGAACUCAGCUUUCAAGGUAUUAUCCAAAAGCAAGGUGUUAAAAUAAUUGCCAAAUUUUAUUCCAUUGUCAGUGGUGACUUAAGGAGAAAUAGCUGUGUAGAUGAGGUGUUCAUUAUUUUGAAAUUUUGGAAUAUGAAGUGUUUUCCCCUAAUUUUCAAGAGAAGCAUAUUUUUAUAUUAAAAAAAAAAUGGGGCCCAGUGAAAUAUGAUUUGAUUUCUUUUGAACUUUGCCAAUUCUGUUUCCCAAGUUCUUCCGUGAGGUUGCCUAAGAUUCGGACCCGGUUUCAGGUUGGGGAGCGCCCUUCAACAGCACUGUCUCAGGAGGUCAGAUGUGUGAUGCUGCGUUGGUGACUGUUUCGCAAACGUUGCUCUAGUCAAACCAGCUCAUCUGCCGAAGUGUAGGGUUGAGCAUCUUGGAGGUAUGAGCUGUUGCUAGAGCAUCAUUCUUUGAAAUAGAAGCUGUAGAUGUACACUGUUGAGCGUAUUCUUGAAAGUAUUGUUUAUGAAUUUCAAUUUAAAUGGUGUCGGAUGCCCCUCCCCCCAAGCGUGCAUAAAAACUGGUUCUACAAAUUUUUACUUGAAGUACCCGGCAGUUUGCUUUUUCAGGUUUUUUUUUUUUUGUAGUAUUAAAUGAAAUUUCAAAUGCAGUUCUAUUUGAUAUCUGAACUAAUUCAUUUAGUAAGUAUAUUUGUAAAAGGUAAGGCUAGAGUUAAAACAAUUAAUGUGUUUUACGAUGAUUUGUAAAGGACUAUUUAUAGCUAAUAUGGUUAUGUUUUCAAUGAAUUAAGAGAGAUUAAAUAUAUCUUUGUAAGUUAUUUUAUGUCAUAGCUUCAUUGGUCUACCAAAUAAGACAUCUCAAAUACAGUAGCAGAAUGUAUAAAUUUUGUAUGUAUGAGAAAUUUUAUUAGACAUUCUCUUGCUUUUUGUAAACGCUGUAAAUAUUUCAUAAAUUAACAAAAUAUCACUCCAUAAAAAAGCUAAUACUAAUAGCUUAAAGGAUCUUGUGAAAUUUCAUGAAAGAAUGUCCACGGCAAUAACGAUAAAGACCUGCUGUAAUAAACGUCGUAGCUGCACACAGCGCCCUCUUUUCAGAGAGGUCACUGUGGAUGUGA